AUGGCUUCCAAGGCUCUUAUACCUUUUCUAGUCACCAUGAUGCUGGUGACUGGUGACAUGCAAUGCGUGCGUAACUGCGUGUCUCCCGAUCCAAAAAAGAGAAAGGUGUUUGAGCAGCCUGUUGUCCAAACACUACAAAUGUUUAUCGGAGAAAUGGGAUGCUGGCUGGUCGUGUUUGGAUGCAAUAUCUGGAAUCAACACAUUAGCAAUAGAUUUGGCGCUUCGUCUGAAGCUUCCCUUCUUGCUGGUGGCUACCGACCAGUUGACGGUGCGGACGAUGACCUUGCCGACUCCGAUGACGAAGUGGACUCUAGCUCCCCCCUGAAUGGAAGGGGAAGGCGUCAAAGUUCUUCCAGGAAGCUCUCAUCCGUGGAAAAUGAUGGUAGGAUAAAACUUAAGGGAUGGAAGGUUUUCCUGUUGGCUGCUCCAGCAUGCUGCGAUAUCACCGGUACAACGCUCAUGAACGUUGGGUUGCUUUUCGUUGCUGCUAGCAUCUACCAAAUGACGCGGGGUGCGCUUGUGCUCUUUGUCGGCCUCUUCAGUGUCCUGUUCCUCCGCCGUAAGUUAUACCUGUACCAGUGGAUCUCUUUGUUCGUUGUUGUUCUUGGUGUUGGGAUUGUUGGACUUGCUGGUGUUAUCUUCAAAGAUCACAAUCCUGAAGCCUUGGAAGGGGUCCUCCAGAGCGUUGUUCAGUUAUUUUCAAGGGGGAUACAGGAGGAGGACCUUGCGUCCACAACCCCAGUUGCUGUGAAGACUAUUAUUGGCGUUCUAUUGAUCGCAGGAGCCCAGAUAUUCACAGCCGGCCAAUUCGUUUUGGAGGAGUGGAUUCUUGAGAAAUAUGCAAUGGACCCUCUGAAUGUCGUUGGCUGGGAAGGGGUAUUUGGUUUUCUAGUUACUCUUGUUGGGAUGUUAAUCCUCCAUCUUGCUAUUGGCAGGACGGACAGUGGCAGGCACGGAUAUUUUGAUGUAAGGGAAGGGUGGCACAACAUGACCACCAACAGGGCAGUUGCGGUAUCGAGUGUACUAAUCAUGAUAAGUAUUGGUGGAUUCAACUUUUUUGGCCUCAGCGUCACCCGGUCCGUGUCUGCCACUUCUCGCAGCACCAUCGACACCUGCCGAACUCUUUUCAUUUGGAUCAUUUCCCUUUGCUUAGGCUGGGAGUCUUUCAAGUGGCUUCAGGUCGUCGGUUUUGCCAUGCUUGUUUACGGAACUUUCCUUUUCAAUGACAUCAUCAAUCCUCCAUUGAAAGCCUGUCUACCUUCGAACCCGCACAGGGAAGAGCUACUUCCCCAGGAUCCCAUUGAACAUAUCUAG